AUGACGACAACGCCUCGUUCUGCCGCCGCAAGAUCAUCCCUCGAACAAGAGUCUCCGAUGGUUCCUCCUCCUCCUCCUCCAAGAAGAGUCGUCAAUCUCACUGAAGAUAAUCGAUCUUUAAUCAACGCACUUCGCUCGGCCACCACUACACCUCAAGAAACUGACACGUUCAUGCAAUCGUUGGGCAACUUAAUGACCGGUGGUGCGUCUCAGUUUAGAGAUGUGAUCUCAGAGUUAGACGCAGCCGAUCUUCGGAAGAUGGCUUCGUUCCUAACGUCAAACUCCCGUUACUUCUUGAGCAUCGCAAGAAACAAGAACGGCUCCCACCUCCUACAGGAGCUCCUCGGUAAAACGGCCGACGCGGACACCUUCUUCUUCGCCGCUUUCUUCCGCAGCUUCCUCGAGAUCAUGACCGACAAGGAGGCGUCCAAAGUUGUCAUUCAAGGGCUGAGAGUGUUCAGCAACGUGAUGAAAGAGGCAUUGUUCCCCCACAUUCUCGAGCACGCGGUUUAUCUGGCCUGUGACCAACACGGCUGCGUCUCGCUCAACCUUUGCAUAACCGUGUUGGACGAUCCUCACUUCAGAACCUUUUUCUUGCACGCGGUCGUGGUCAACGCCGUCCCCUUCAGCCACCAUGCUUAUGGUAACUUCGUGGUCCAACACGUGCUUGACCUGAACGACUUGCAUUGCACGCGUGACAUUGCGGUUAGUCUACGUGGCCAUUGCGUUGGGCUUUCGUUCCAGAAGUAUGGGAGCUACAUCGUGGAGAAGCUUUUGAAUACGAAGGAGUCGAUGGUUGUGGUGGUGGAAGAGCUCUUGGAGUGCCAAGGAGACAGGUUGAUGAGACUAGCCAGGGGUACGUAUGGGAAUUUCGUGGUGUACAAGGCACUGAGAGUCACGCAGGCGGAGGUUAACGCUACGGCUGAUCUGUUUAGGGAUUUGGUGAAUAAGCUCAGGCCUUUUCGUGAUCUCUUGCGUGGCUCUUACUCUAACGGAAUUGCAGGAAUCUUGAACUCGGUUGAUUAGGUUUGUCUCAAACUAGUUAAUACUAGGUUCUAUUGCUACUGACGUAUGCUGAAAGCUCUGAGGUUUUAUGGUUUUCUUAACUAAACUCUUAUGAUGAGAUUUGCCACUAAUGAUGGUAAAUGAUAUUUGGUGUUUGUACUGAAUUCUAUUGUUUAAC